UUGGCGGUAAGCGCUAACUUCGGCUUAUCUUCGGCUUCGUGUCCUUUAUCAGGCCUACUUAACGUUGUAACUAUUAAUAAUAGACUUGUAUUUCACAAUAAUCUUGGAGCUGUAUUACAAUGGAACACCAGCCCGCUGAUGACUCCCCUGACCAAAGGGACAACCCUCAAACUGUAUUGCAGGAGCAACAUUCUGACCCAGAAAUGCAGGUUGCAUCAGGGGCAGAUGACCAGCAAGGGAUUCUGGGAAUGGUAUCCCAGGAUGCACCUCAACAGCAGCCAAACCGAAAUGGCAAAGAGGAAUCCAAGCAGCAGGGCUCAGGAAAGACAACGGGAAGGAAGGGCAAUAGACGGACGAACUCUGCCUUGCAAGCUGUGAAAAAGAAAGGCAGAGAGAACAUCCAACGUGGCCAAGCUGAGGAGGAUGAACUCGCCGUUCAACUAGCAGGGAUGACAGUGUCUGACACAUGGCCAGCUGUGCCAAGUGGGACCGGCCUAGUCUACGAUGAGCGUCUAACCCUACACAAGUGCCCCUUCAAUACUCGUCAUUUUAGAUCCGAGCAUUCUGACCGCAUUUUGCUAUGCCGUAAGAGUCUGCAGGACUACAAGCUCCUGGAAAGAUGCACUGAUGUCCCAGUUCGUUUAGCUUUGGAUGAAGAAAUUCUCACCACACACAGUGUUGACUACUUGGAAAGUUUCAAAACUACGCAGAUGAUGGAGGAGAGCAAACUGAAAUCAUGGGCCGAGCAAUAUGACUCCGUCUUUGCCAACAACCAUACAUACGAGUGUGCCUGUCUCAAUCUGGGUGGCUUGCUAGAUCUGACGGAGAAGGUUGUCAAAGGAGAGCUUAGAAAUGGAAUCACCAUUACUCGACCAUGUGGACACCAUGCGCAAUGGAGCGUAGCCAAUGGAUACUGCUUUUUUAACAAUGUAGCUGUGGCAGCCCACAUGGCCAGACACAAGUGGAACUGUGAGAGGGUUUUGAUUGUGGACUGGGAUGUCCAUCAUGGACAAGGUGUGCAGUACUGCUUUGAAGAGGAUCCAAGUGUGCUUUACUUCUCAAUUCACCGGUUUGAGCACCUUGAGUUCUGGCCCCAUCUGACAGAUUCAAACUGUGACGUAUUUGGGAAAGGAAAAGGCUUGGGUUUCAACGUCAAUGUUCCUUGGAAUAAGGUUGGAAUGGGUGACAGUGAAUACCUGGCAGUUUUUCAGCAAGUGCUACUCCCAAUGGCCUAUGAGUUCAACCCUGAUCUGGUACUCGUCUGCUGUGGUUUUGAUGCUGCAGUUGGUGACCCUAAGGGUGAGAUGCGAAUUACUCCUGUUGGCUAUGCUCAUCUCACCCAUGCCCUAAUGGGACUUGCCAAUGGGAAAGUUGUGCUUGCCCUGGAGGGAGGCUAUAAUUUCAAGGUGAGUGGGGAGUGUGCUGCCAUGUGCACACGGACACUGCUCGGGGAUCCCUGUCCACUACUGCCACCAACCACUGAACCGAAUGAAAGUGCUGUUGAAACCAUACUGGCGGUGAUUAAGAACAUCAAACCUUAUUGGCAGUGUUUUCACUACCAAGUUGCUCCUGAAAAUGUCCAGAGUGAAGUUGUAUCCAGCACCAGUUCAGAUAAGCCUGCUCAAGCAGUAGUAGCUGGCCAAUCAGAUGAAAGAGUUGCUGAACUUGGAGCGGAGCUUGCUGAUUUGACCAUCCAAUCAGCAGAGAAGGCAGCUGAAAAGGCGGUGGAGCCAGAAGAGAUUGACAGUUUGAUUGACAGGCUGAUAUCAGAAGUUGUCCUGACUGUUGCCAAACACAGGACUUGUCUGGUUUAUGACCCAGAGAUGAUGCAACAUAGAACAGUUUUUAACCAUCCGGAGAGACCCGAGAGGAUUGCCCGCAUCUUCUCCAAGCAUGAGAAGAUGGGACUUGUCCGGAGGUGUCUGCGAUUGGAGUCAAGGCGAGCAACAACGGAAGAGCUGCAUUGGUGCCACAGUGCUGAGUACAUAGAAAGACUGCAGGCUAUGAAGGAGAACACCCCACGAGAGCUCUGCAAGAUGCAAGAUGACUUCAAUUCCAUCUAUCUCCAUCAGAGUUCCUUUGACAGUGCCUCGCUUGCUGCGGGCUCUACACUGAACGUGGUAGAUGCAGUGCUGUCCAAUGAGGCUUGCAAUGGUGUAGCCAUAGUCAGACCUCCGGGCCACCAUGCAGAAGUCCACACGGCCAUGGGGUUCUGCUUCUUUAACACCGUGGCGCUAGCAGCGCACUACGCCCGACACAAGUAUGGGCUGAAGAGGGUUCUUAUUCUUGACUGGGAUGUUCACCAUGGCAAUGGUACUCAGCAUGUCUUUGAGUCGGACCCCGGCGUUCUAUACAUAUCCCUGCACCGCUACGAGAAUGGACUUUUCUUCCCUUGUAGUCCUGAUGGAGCCCCAGAUGUGACAGGCCUGGGCGAGGCGAAAGGAUACAAUGUCAAUAUUGCUUGGAACGUGGACUCUAUGGGAGAUGCAGAAUAUCUUGCUGCUUUCACGCAAAUUGUUAUGCCCAUUGCAUAUGAGUUUUGCCCUGAAUUGGUGCUGGUGUCAGCUGGUUUUGAUGCAGCAUAUGGGGAUCCGUUGGGAGGGUACAAGGUAACUCCUGCAGGCUACGCCCAUAUGACCCACAUGCUGAGCAGCCUUGCUAAUGGGAGAAUGGUUGUUGCUCUAGAGGGAGGAUACAACCUCCACUCUAUAGCAGAGUCCAUGGCUAUGUGCACCAGGACACUAUUGGGCGAUCCCUGCCCAUCCAUUCAGCCAGGCCCGCCUUGCCGGAACGCAGUGCAGGCCAUCCUGGCGACCCUGCAUGCACACCAGGAACACUGGAAGAGUCUCAAGUAUCAAGUUGGCCCACCGAGUGCUGUGGAAGACCUACCCACUGAAGUGACAAGCACAGAGUGCAGAGAAGUUCUUUGCUCACAAUCGGGCACAUCAGCAGGCGGAGACAGCGACAACCAUAGAGUGGACGGUGUAUCGAGUCUUUCCACCUCUUACACCGCGGAUGGGGCUGGGGAAAGUUUUUCCAAUAAUGACGCCGCAUCAACCACAGCUGUUACAGAGCCAAAUCCGGGUGAGAAGGGGAUCGGCUCAACAGUUGACGAGCUUGGAGCAGCUGGUGGAAUCGAUCCCACCAACAAAAGUGCUGUCACCUCGUCAACCGGAGAAGGCCUGACUAUUGCAGAUGUCUUUGGGACACAGCAAGAGAUGUAUGCUGUAGUGCCACUUCCCUGGUGCCCUCACCUUGAAGGCCAUGUGUUACCCAUCCCAGCUAUUUCCCCAAUCGAUUCAAGAGAUUCCUGCGGUGAGUGUGGGGACACCAGCGAGAAUUGGGUGUGUCUACAUUGCUAUCAGGUUCUGUGUGGGCGGUAUGUGAACGAGCACAUGUUAUUUCACAGUGUUUCAACAUCCCAUCUCGUGGUGCUCAGCUAUGCCGAUUUGUCGGUGUGGUGUUACGGCUGUGAUUCCUACAUUCACAAUGAAGUCCUUCUGCCAGCAAAGAGGGCCGCCCACAUCAGUAAAUUCGGCUCGGAUGUGCCUGGGAUGUGAGAUCGUGCCUGGUGUGAAGGCCUGUGCAGAUGAUGCCUGCUUCUACUCUGGGACCACAUAUAUACAUGUAUACAUAUUGCAGUUUGUAUAGUCAUUGACGGCAUGUAUUAUAUUCAUGCUGUAAUCACACUGCUGUAAAGGUGUCUGUGAAAUUGCAGAUAUCGAAAUGGCAUGACACUUUCAAUUUAAGUAGCAGCAUUUCAUCAAAUUAAAAAGCAACAUGUAACAUUAGUAAGUAACCACGUACUGAUUUGGAGAAAUUAAUAAACAAAUCAAUUACGUCAGUGUUGGAAAAGAAAAACAGUGAAAACAUAGAUCAUUAUUAGAUGUCAUUAUUUGUGCAAGGUGACAUCCCUGAGGUACAUGUACAUGUAUAUUGAAUGAUGAAGUCAAAUCACAAAAUCGCAAAAUAAUACAAAUGGUUUUAUCCACUUUUAUAAAGCUAUGGCAAACAAAUAACGAAUGUGAUAAAACUGUCUUUGAUGUGCCACAAGUUGGCGCCCUUUUAUGUCGUGAUAUCAGUUACCCUUAUAAAGUGUACAGAAUACAAACUUCAGUAUUUUUAGUCGAUUGGUUCGGUGUAGAAAAUCCUUCUGUUCUGAGUUAUAAUUCCAUGCCACUGAAUUUUCUGGUUACCCCGGAAGACGUGGUCAUGUGACUUUCCGUUGCAGUCUGUAAUCUUGCCCAACAUAUGGCCUCAAAAUUUGAACAUCCUGUUCCAAAAUUAUAAAUGAAAGCAUUUCUUCUUUUUUGAGUUCAUAGUUUAAAUUACUUGUACAUAUAAUUCGGUAUUUGAUGCUGCCGUAGUGACGUUAAGACAGCAACCACGUCUCAACAUCAAGGUUUAUGUUAGUACGAGGUUUCACGGUAAUAUUAAAAGCCUGAACAGUAUGACAUAUAUUGACCGAUGUAUUGAUUUGAUCUGUUUUGAUCUGAUUUGUUUUAGGCUACGCAUUUAAAAUGUACCUGCAGUUUGACCCUUCAUUAUAACUGGAAACAAAGGUCUAACGACAAAACUUCAGUGAGAUCCAAAUAUAUGAACUCCUGUAUCAGUUUUAUGAGAUACAACUAAUAGAAGUCGGUCGUGUUUUCUGAAAUUAUACAGUCGCUUGUAAUCCGGCACCUUAUAACGUAGUCAUGACGUCACAUGUAGGGAUCUCGGUUGAUGGGUGUGUCAGGUUUCAUGUUUUUUUUUUAAGGUAUACUGACUUGGGGGAAAAACACAGAAAAUUAUUGUCUAAAGGAAAAGGGAAAAAAAGAUGAACCACUGCAAACCGUGGUGCCCGAUCACAGGCUGUCGAAUCACAGUAGGGAAGUUUUUGAAAUUCCAGUCAGCUUAUGUCGUUAAGUGUCACACAACUCACAUGUAGAAAUUAAUAACCAAAACAGCCAUCUGAACCCAGUGCACUUUAAAAAGACACAGCCUAUUAAUUGACCAUUUGCACGAAGGCAGAAAUGCCUUGCCUAGAAUACAAAAAACCUAAUAAUGUGGAAAAUAUAUUUUAGUACGUUUCCGUUAGAUUUUUUUUUUCUGUUUCAAAUCUACAGGAGAGGUAAGCAGUGUAUUGUGUUGACUAUUUGUACAUACACAGUGGUGUAUCUACCCGAGGGGAGGGCAGACACCUUGCCUUAAGGGGAAUGAAAGAUUCAACACGUCCCAAUUGGUACCGGUACCGCCACCUUUCUUGUAGGGUGGGCAGUGAGGUUCUUCCACAGACAGAAAAAUAUAACCGCCGUUUUUAGAAAGAAAAAUCCCAUUUUACCUUCCCUGGAGCCACCCCCCCCCCGGAUACACCACUGACUCGAUUCUAAACUUUAGUAUCAGGGAACUGAAUCGAUCGUUGGGUCGUGUAUCCUAUGCAUAAUAACAAUUUGUAAUACAUGUACCGGCAUAAGCGUGACUUUAUAUGGUUCGGAGAUUUUAAUCUUAUUUUCGUGCUUCUGUAAUGAUGAAAAGUCUAUAAUUUUAUUUCAAAUGUUUUCUCAAAUUUAUCAGUUUGUUAAUCUUAACUAUGAUGAGAACACUCCAACCUUCGAAUAGAACCAUGGUAACAAACCUUUUAGUUGUUCACCAUCGUUACACAUUUAUGCACCCUUCAAUGACAAGUGAUGAAGGCCUUCGAAGCUUUCAACAAUCAUUGCCGAAAGCAGUUUAGGCAUGGAGUGUAUUGGUUUUCCUUUUAAAUUCAGCGCAAAAGUAGGCCCUACCAGUGUAUACUUGAAAUGAGUACGGUAAGUACCAAAAACGAUAUGCAUGUAAUAAUUUUUGUCGCUGAAUGGAUGGAAAUCUUUCUGAUAAGUUGAGCCCUUUUGGCACUGAUUUAUAGUUGCUUUUUUUUCAAAAUCUCAGUGAACUGAGUUGAGUCGGACAUAAUACAAAGGUUUGCAUGGCGUGUAGUUUCCCGGGUGCAUGGCUAUUCGGUGGUCAGUGCUUGUGAGUGCAGUCCACAAAUUUCAGCUCCAUUUAAUACAUUGUAAUAUCAACACUAUUCAGGGCUUAAUGACAUGCAAGCCGACUUCACCGGGGUUCUCAGACCAAAAUUAAAUUAUUGUUUUGUCCUUGAA